CCUGCAGGUGCUGGCAGACCCCCAGGAUGGCGGAGGCUCACCAGGCCGUGGCCUUCCAGUUCACUGUCACCCCCGAGGGCUUGGACUUCCACCUCAGCCGCGAGGCGGUCAAACAGCUCUACCUCGCCGGCAUCUCCUCCUGGAAGAAGCGCUUGGUCCGUGCCAAGAACAGCUUCCUGACCGGCGUCUACCCCGCCUCCCCCUCCAGCUGGAUGGUGGUCGUGAUGGCCACCGCCGGCUCCUUCUACUGCCAGGUCGACCCCUCCCUGGGGAUGAUUGCCCGCAUCCGCCACUGCCUGCCUGAGAGCCGCCUCCUGAGCUACGAGAGCCGGACGAUGGUGAGCGCCGCGCUCUUCUCCACUGGCGUCUGGCUCUCUGCCGUCCUGCUCUUCCGGCAGGCGCUGAAGCUGCUCCUCUCCUACCACGGCUGGAUGUUCGAGCCCCACGGCAAGAUGAGCCGCAGCACCAGGAUCUGGGUGGUGAGCGGCGCCUGCAGCCGGCACCGGCACCCAGCACUGGCACCGGCCCAGCAGGGCAGGGCAAGCGCCCCCCCGCGCCCUCACGCUGGCGGUGCCGGCAGGGUGCCCUGGGCCGAGGCUCGAGCCCGGUUCUUCAGCCACGGGAAGAACAAGGCGUCGCUGGAUGCCAUCGAGCGGGCAGCCUUCUUCCUGACGCUGGACGAGGAGGAGCACGGCUACAGCCCGGGCCAGGAGGGCUGCAUGGACGCCUACGCCAAGUCCCUGCUGCACGUGCCCCACGCUCAGGGGCACCUCUCUCCCCAGUUCGCGCUGGCGACAGACAAAUUCGAGCUGGGCUACACGGAGAGGGGGCACUGCCUGGGCGAGCCCGACACCCUGCUCGCCCCACCCCAGCGUCUCCAGUGGGACAUCCCCCAGGAGUGCCGUGCCACCAUCGAGGGCUCGUACCACCUGGCCAAGGCGCUGGCCGACGACGUGGACUUCUGCUGCUUCCAGUUCUCCGACUUUGGGAAGGGGCUGAUCAAGAAGUGCCGGACCAGCCCCGACGCCUUCAUCCAGAUCUCCCUGCAGCUCGCCCACUUCCGCGACAAGGGCUGCUUCUGCCUCACCUACGAGGCCUCCAUGACACGGCUCUUCCGUGAGGGCCGGACGGAGACAGUAAGGUCCUGCACCGCCGAGUCCACCGCCUUCGUGCGCAGCAUGGGGGAUGCCCGGCAGACCCGAGCCGAGCGCCAGCAGCUCUUCAAGCUGGCGGCUGAGAAGCAUCAGCACAUGUACCGCAUGGCCAUGACCGGGGCCGGCAUCGAUCGGCACCUCUUCUGCCUCUACGUGGUGUCCCGCUACCUGGGGGUGCAGUCCCCCUUCCUGGCCCAGGUGCUGUCGGAGCCCUGGCGCCUCUCCACCAGCCAGACGCCGCAGCAGCAGCUGAAGCUGUGCGACCUGAGCAAGCACCCUGACCUCGUCUCCACCGGUGAGGUGCAGGCCAACAAGUGCCCCCGGGGCUGGCUGGACUUCAGGGGAGACUGCUACGGGUACUUCAGCCGGGAGCUCUCCUGGAGGAAGGCAGAGGCCUUUUGCCAGCGCUUCGGCGCAGGCACCCACCUGGCCUCGGUGCACAGUGCGGAGGAGCACCGGGCCAUCGCCGCCCUGCUCUCCUCCGCCCGCUGUGGUGGGGACAGCGAGGAGGAGUGCGGAGACGACGGCAUCUGGAUCGGCCUCCACCGUCCCCUGGGG